UUAUUUAUCUGUGGUCCAAAUAGUGCGAACGAAGGAGUGGAUAUCCAUAACCUAAAAUGUAACAUCAAAAUUAAAAAUACAUAUUGUUUCGUAUUAAAGUAGGUAGUAAGUUUACAGGAUUCUACAAAAAAUCCUGAAUAAUUCUUAGGAUUGUAUAGAUUUAAAAAGGUUAGUUUAUGUUUCGAAGAUGCAACGGCGGCCAUCUUGUUAACUGCGUGUCGGCUGACUCCAAUCGUUUAUUAUUUCAAUAAAAGUUUCAGAUAUCAGGAAUCAUGGACAGCAGCUGUGCUAAAGUGUUUUCUUCCAACAUUACGCGAGUUGGUAGUGAUCACCUUAAUAAUCUUUACGAUCUUUUGAAAGUGCAACCUGCUGUACCACUUAAAAUAAAUGAUGUUAAAAGCAGUACUUGCGAUUAUAUACCUAAAACAGAUAAGUGUUAUAUCCCAAAAAGAAAGUCACGAUUGAAAGUUAAAACUGUUAGAGAUAUCAGAAGAUCGUUUGAACAAGAUACUUACGCCUAUCUUUUUACUGAUUUAGAAACACAACAGAACGUUUUAUUUAAAAAAAUUAGACAUGGGUCGUCUGGUGACGAUAGUACAAAAAAAUUGGCAAAGAGCAUUUUAAGGGGUGAUACACCAGUUUCAAGAUCUACCUGGCAAAUGUUGAUUAAUCUUAAUCCAGAAGACUAUAAAUGUCCACGACAGUUUGUUUUAUACGAUGGGAAAUUUAUUCAAGUGAACGGAAGUUUCGGUGGCAAUAGAAAAACCAUUUGCAACUACGAUUUAGCAAACAAGAAUUUACCAGCGCAAAACAUUAAAAUGAAAUUUCCUGGUGAUAAUAAAGUAUAUAGGAAAAAAAGCCUUUUACGCAACUCGUUGACUGUUAGAUUCAAACCAGGUCCCUUUUGCAGGAAAAAAAAUCUUGACAAAUCCUACCAAAAAUACCAUGUUGGCAACACUGAAUUAAUAGAUCUACCAAGACCAGGUAUUGAUAUUUUUCCGACGUAUGGUAUUGCGUUAGAACCAACAGUUACCAAUUUUUUAAAUAAUUUGCGUAACGAAGAUGGCACUAUUACACGAAAAUGGGCCGAGUUAGCCGUGUCUGUUUUAGGAACAAUUGAAAAAUCUAAAGCGGUUCCACUAGAGAAGAAUUGCAUCACAUUUGAUUUAGCAUACAAGUAUAAUAAAAACAGAUUACUAAUGCGCCGUGACUCAGAAAUUUUUUUAGAUAUACCAGAGUCGAUAAAUAAAGAUGCAAUAAUUAGAUAUGUACCGACACAAGAAAUAGACGUAGAAGCUGAAAUAGAAGAAACGCUGAAGAAGAUCGUAGAUUCUGUAGAAAUAAGUUUGAUUCAAGAUUCAUUAUUCGUUAAAGAAGAAAACCACAAACCAUUUCCAUGCAAAGAAAUGAGUAACGUAGAUACUUUGCCAUUGGUAAAAGAUAAAUCAAAGAGGAAAUUUGGCGAACUAGACAGACUUGACGUUACAGUUAUUACUUUGCCAGAAACCGCAGAACCUACUUCGUCACAAACUUGUGCUAAAACGCACUGUGCUUUAGGUUGUAUUUGUGCAUCAUUGGCAGGCUCAUAUAAUAUAAAACAACAUUGUGGGCGCAUAGAAUGCAUGUUCAAUUGUAAAUGUGAUUUUCCUUAUAAAGGGGAUUUAACAUGUACAGAUGGUUCUGGUUUAUUUCCCGUGUUAUUCAAUAUAGACAAUGAGGUCAACUUAAAUUUAGCGAAAGAAGAGCAAAAAUUUCAUCAAACUGUUAUAGUAGCUGGUGAAAAAAGAAUUUUGUUAAAAGGCGAAAAAAGGAAUUGGAAAACAUCAAAAAAGUAUGCUGAUUUUUAUAGUAACAUGAGCUUAAAACAUGAGCAUCAGAAAAAACGAGAGCUAACUGUAGUAGCAUUGAAACUUAAUUGUGAAAACAUCGAAACAUGGUGCAUGGUUCAUAACCUGUACAAGUGUUUUUGUAAAGGUAGAUUUGUAGAAACUUGUGCUUCACUGUCAAGCGAAAAUACAGUGAAAGAGUCACCAUCUAAGGAAGCGACUAGUAAUAGUGCUCAAUUUUUAGAAGAAGACUCAAAAGAAACGGGUGAUAAAGAGGAAAGUUUGGUACUAUCUACAAAAUCAGAACAUGUAAAUCCACAAAAAAAAUUGAAAGCAUAUCCAUAUACUAAGCAUUAUAAAGUUCAUACACCAAAAGACCUGGAGAACUCUUCAUAUGAUAUGAGUAAAAAACAAAAUAUAAAGUACGACCCUCUUGUUAACAAAAUUAAAUAUAAAAAAGUAAUCACUAACAAUGUGCACACUGAACAAGGAAGUUCAGUUUCAGAAUUUGUCAAUACACAGAGGGUUAUGGUAACCAGGUAUUCUAUGAAAAAGACAAAUGUGAAGGAAAACUAUCUCACAAAUAAAGAAAAGCAAUAUGACAGAUCAACUUCAGAAAGCAAUGAUUCAGAUUCCUGGGAAGACAAAAGUAUGACAUGUUCAAGAACGAAUGCAUAUGAAGGAAGAAAAUAUAGCGAUGGUUAUUAUAAAAAUACUAAUUAUAAAAUAUUAAACAUGGAGAAAAAUGAUAAGAGGCUUCAGGAAAAAUUAGCUAGUAUUCAUAGUAAAAUCUACGGAAAUGAACCUGUUAAACCAACCAACGAUGAUGCUAGUAUAUUGCAAUUACUUUGUGACCCUACUAUGAAUAAUGAAGAAAUGGAACCCAAGGCAAAAAGAAAGCGUUUAGGUAGUAACACCAGACUCGUUGCAUGGUUAGAAACAAAUUAUAAAUUGUACAAAAAACGAAUCGAUAAAGGCUUGAAAGAUUGUCUAGAAGCUCCACAGCAAGGGAGAGUUGUGUUACAUUCAUGGGAUUUUAUUUUAAAAAGAUAUAGAGAAAGAAAGAAUCUAUUUUUAGUAUCUAAUGUACUGCCUUAUAGAAUAUUUAUGGCAGUAAAUACCCGAAAUCCAUUUUUCACUAAUUGCAUCAAUAUAAAUGAUAUUCGUUUUGCGGAUCUAAAUAAAUAUCCACAAACUGUUAAAAAUUUACUAAUUAAUGCAUCUGAUUUAAAAGAUAAUUUCUGUAUUUUACGCGGACUAGCUUGUUGUUGGGAGCUAAUUGGUUCUGUUGCUAAAGUGAAUGAAAAUUGUGAACAGAAAGACAAUGAAAACGACCAAAUAUCACGAAUAAAUAUACAUACAUCAAAUUCAAAAUCAUCUGAUAUGGAAUCAUCUAAAAUUGAGACCUUUAAUGUAAUACCAUGUUGUAGUAUAGAAACGUUUAAUCUGGAAUCAUCUAAUUUAGGUUCACCUGAUUCUUUUAAUAUAAAUUCCCCUAACACAGAUUUAUGUGGCUUAGGGUCAUCUAACAUGAGAUCGUCUGAUAUUGAAUCAAUAAAUUUGGAAUCAUCUAGUGUUGAAUCGUUCAGUUUGGAUAAUGAUAGCCCAGAUCCAAUUAGAGUGGAAUCUGUUGGAUUUGAAUCUACAAAUAAUGAAUCUACAAAUAUAGAAUCUACAAACACGGCAUCUACAAACACGGCAUCUACAAACACGGCAUCUACAAACACGGAAUCUACAAAUACGGAAUCUAAGAAUAUGGAAUCGUCAACUGCGUGCAGUCAAGUUAAUUCAGUGACUAACAACAAAUCUUUGGCUGAGAAAACUGAACAUAUGGAUGUUUCUAAUAAAGGCAAUGCACCCUCUCCGUUAGACGCGGGUUCAUCAAAAUGGUUUGUUAUGACCAUAGAAAAUGAUUUUAGUGAAAUAAGAUUUUUCAAAAAGGGUUUCUUUGUAAAGUAUGAAAGUAUAAUAAAUGCAGUUAACGUUGCCCGACUAUCAGGAAAAACAGUACGACUGUCUUCCAAAAAAUUUACACAAACCGAUCUUCCCCAAUUUGGUAUUUACGCUAUUCCUAAUAACAACGAAUACUGUGUCUUUGUUGGACCAUAUGAAAUGGAAGAUCCUUUAGGCAUUGAAACUAUCAAAACUGUUUUAGACGUUAGAAGAAUGAAAAGAACCAGAGGUUUUUGGAUUACAACGAAUAAAAUCGACAACCUGAAAGUAGUAGAAAAUCCUUUGUCAUUUGUGCCAUCAACAAAUAAUGAAAAUAAUAGCGCAAUGCCUUUAGAAACUCAUUUUCACACAAACGACGACCCAAAAAUAAUACAAAGAGAUGACAUAACAGAUGUACCAGAUAAUAUUUCUCCAAAAAAGCUUGAAUUAUCACCUUCUAAACCAGGAAUUAAAAUUGUAAAACCAAUUAAAAUUCGCAAAACCAAUGGCUUUUAUCAUCUAGCGUCAGAUGGUGUUUUGAAGAAAAUAGAUUUAAAAAAUUUCCGCAAAAAUCCAUCCGGCUCCAAGGCAGUGCCUAUCGUAAUAAAUAUUGACGAAGGUAAUGGACCAUCUUUAUUAAAACCUAACCUUUUUUCUAACGACUUCAACCGUAAACCUAACCCAGAAACAUCACAAGCUUCGUUUCCUGAAGCCAUAUCUCAAAUAAAGAUAUCUUCUGUAUUUUCUACAAAAACACAUAAAACUACCAAACCCGAAAGAGGCAUGUUUAUCUUAAAACCUGAAGAAAUCAAUAGAAAGCUCGUCAAUAAUAAAUUAAUAACUGAGAUGCCUCCUAGAGAAGAGUGUGAAAUUGUUAAUGCAACCCAAAACUAUAGUGUGUCAGCGAACACGAAUAACAUUUCCACUCCGUCAGAUGAUGUUUGUAUAAUUUCUGAUGAUGAAAACGAUAGUGCUGACCCUACAGAAAACGGAAAUUGUUGGUCUGAUAUAUGGAUUGAAUGUACAAGCGUUCCGAAUUUGGGCUGGAUUGCAGGAAUAAGAAAUUCGAAUAAUUUGAUCAGUUUUAAAUUACCAGAUUGCGAUUUUUCUGAUUUUUAUUCUGAAGAUGAAGCUUUUACAAGGAUCAAUACGGAAUUAUGUAAAAGGAUAAAUAGUCCGCUAGUUGACUUGAAGUGGAAAAUUCAUGAGUCAAAUGGACAACUGAAAGGACAAGAAAUUAAUCCCGAGCAUUUGUAUCCGGACUAUACACUUACCCAAGAAGGACUGGUACACACAAGCGAUAUGUUAAAGAAAGAUAUGAAAAACAUAAAAACGUAUUCAAAAUCUCAAAUGAAAAGCAAAAACAAAAUUUCGAAACCCUCCAGUGAUAAUGACAAGGUCGAUGUGCAGCCAAGAAAUGUAGAAAACAGUCAAGCAUCGCAAGAACAGCGGCAUUGAUAUUUUGAUCGGGAUUUUGUAACAAGUAUAUUGCAUAUUGCACAUACCUACCUACUACUUACCUAAUAAACACAUUGACUGAUUGUUAAUUGAUGUGAUCAACGUAGCAGGUUUAUUGGAAAUUUAAAGCCAACUUUCCUAAAUACAAUAAAUAUCUUAAUUUAAAAGAUUAAUAAAUUAGGUAGGUAAGUAGGUAGGUAUCUACGUACGGGCAACGUCAGAUUUAAAGUCUAUACAUAUACCUACAUAAUUGUAACUAUAUUUUAAAUGGAAGUCUAGGUAUAAUGUGCAUAUUCCAUUUGAUAAUUUAUUUUACACCACUAACAUUCUAGAGAAUUCGACUAAGUAGGUAGAUACAGAUUGCCUCCUUACGAGGGAAAAGUUUUAACGCAAAAUGUGUACCUGAUAAACUUUAUAAAAAUUAAUUUUGGAAUUGAAGGACAACAGAGACUAUUUUAACGUAAUGAGACCAAUAAUAAUAUUUUGCAACCGCACGUAUGUUGCUUAAUAUUUAAGUUGAAAUCCGGUUGCUGAGAACGAAGAAUUUCGUAUGUAGAUACUUCUUGGAUUGAUUGAAGUGGCAUGUUUCUUUAUUUGAGCGAUGACGCAAAACAACAAUUAACCUACUUCCUGUCCUUCUCCCAAGCUGCUUGGGGUGGGCACACAUCUAAAUAUUUAAAUUCAGUAUGCACUGAAAUCAGACACCUCGUACAAGCCACACUGGACUUCGGUUCAUUUGCUGUACCUAUAUCGCAUGAAUCAACUAAAAUAUUUUCCCAGUCACACAUCUAUGUAUUUUUCAGUGUCUUUCACAGAAGCUCGCUAGAAACUCGGCCAUGCGCAUACAGCAGGUUUUUACGCGCAUAUUUAUGCUUUUCGCAAUCUAUCGUGAAAGUAAACGUGGCUUCGAUCGUCCUUCGACUAACUAUUUAAAAAUUUAUUGGUUCCUAUACUAUAUUUUAUAAUGCUUUGGGAAGUUUCACUUUCUUCUCUUAACUUACUUUCAAUUACCUACUUUCUCCCACAUUGUCUUGUGAGAUUAUAUUUAUUCUCAUGUAGUGGUAACAUAUUUUUGAAAAUAUAGGUUCAUUCGUCAGUGACACGGACAGGUAUAGGUCGUGUUAAAAAUCUUCGUUCUCUACGACCAUACUUUAUCUACACUAGGUACAUUCUCUUCCUCGAAUGUUAGUUAGCUAAGUGUUCUAAAUUAAAUACUUACCGAAUGUUAAGAUUUUAAAUAUUUAUAGUGUUUAUCAAUUGGCGUGAGUUUAUCUGUGAAAUAUGUGUGGUGUUAGUCAAAAUACUUAUUUUAAAUAGAAAUUAGUUUUAUAAAUAGUAAAAUAUAAAUAAGUACCUACUUAGCUGGUAAUAAUGUUAGUAUUACCUAUGUCAAGUGUUUAGUUAAGACAUUUAAUUGUAAUAACAGCUAAAUAAGGCCCAUAUUCUAUCGCGCUUGGAGCUUUGGCUUCACAAGCAAUUAUUAUAUUAUAACACUUUUCCAAUAAUUCAUGAAGCAAUGCUAGAGUACGGGCUUAAAUAUAGCUUUUUGUUGUUGCUAAAACAAGUAUCUGUGAUAUUACGAAAUCAACACCUUGCAAUAAAGGAGUAACUUUUAUUUUUUGAAAGUCUGAUAUAAUUAUAUGACUAAUGAUCCAAUAUUUACUUAGUUUCGUGUAGUUUAUAUUAAGAUAUAUUUAGGUCAUCUAGUUGUGUAGUUUCAGUAAUUUCAUUCCUUGACUGCUGAUCUCAAACAUGUCCUUUGACCUGCUCGAGGACUGGGAGUAAGAAAAUCCUUUCGAAAUUAAAUAUUUCCUCUUGUUGUCAAUCCAUGUUACAAAGUGUAACACGUUAUAGAUACAGCCAAGUGUCAACACGAUUGUGUAAAGUAUCAUUAGCUACCUUACUUUGUAAAACGUUUAUCAUUUAGUAUAAACACAAAUUAAAGAUAUUUUAUAAGA